GCUCUUCAACGGAAACGGAAAGAUAAAGCAAACGAAACAGGAUAAAUUGGUCCAUUUCGUUUCAUUUCUCAAUUUUCCACGUGUGUUUGCAGUACCUUGAACCUCUUAAAAUGGGAAAUCAUAAAAUUCAGUGGCAUUUGAUCAUGGAUUUCGUAUGUCUUGUCGCUCUGGGUGUUGCGGAGAUGUUGAUCCAUGUCAUCCCGAUAAAACCAUCUCACAGAGGAUUUUUUUGUGAUGAUAAAAGCCUUCAAAAACCUUUACAAGAAGAAACUGUCUCUACAUGGCUCACGAUAGUUGUGGGUUUCUCUGUGUCGAUUUCCGUGAUUAUUCUGUGUGAAGCAGUGAAUGCUAAAUCUAAAAGAAGAAAACAGCAGCUUAAAGUUGGCAAAUUCAACAUCAAAUGUGGACCAUUGAUAUGCACACCAACAGCAUGGCAAAGAAGAACAUUCUUUCUUCUUUUCAUGUUUGGUUUUGGUGCACUUAUUACAAACCUGUUCACUGACAUGGGUAAAGUGACUGUUGGAAGAUUGCGACCAUACUUCAUUGCAAUAUGCAAACCCAAUGCAACUCUACUUAACUGUAGUCAAGGCUUUAUUACCGAGGACAUAUGCACAGGAGAUCCUGUAGAUGUUUUGGAUGCAAGAAUGUCUUUCCCUUCAGGUCAUGCCUCAUUUUCAACUUAUUGUAUGGUAUUUUUGGCACUGUAUCUAGAAUCAUCAAUGCCAACAAAACAAACCAACUUGGUGAAACCCUUUUUGCAAGUGGCCUUCCUGUCACUGGGACUUCUGUGUUCCCUGUCUCGCAUAUUUGACUACUGGCACCACUGGGGAGAUGUGUUGGUUGGCAUGUUUCUUGGUACCCUAGUGGCUUUCUUUAUAACGUUCCGAUCACUGAGGCUGUUUUCCUCUCCUCCCUGCCCCAAGUGUUACCCUACUGAUGAAGUUGACUUUGUAUCAAGAAACCCUGUGAACAACAGUGAGGAGAGAGCAGAUCUGAAUGGUGACAAUCAAUUUCCACUGUAGCUUCACGUUGUAUGUCAACAACUGGAUCAUUUACAGAAAGCACCUGCCUAAAUUGUAGGGUUAUACUCUACACAGGGAUGCUCCUCCCACAAAUCAAUACCCAUUCUAAGCUUAGAGGUAUAUGAAAGCAUACAUCUUAAAGUUUAACUCUAAAGAAGUAGUGUUGUGAUUGGCAUGUCUCUAUGGCAAAAGAACUCUAGGAGGUGUAUGUCUAAUUUUUAGGGGAAUUUAUAACAAGAUAUUAUUCGCCUGAUAACUCUUUAGAUAUUCAAGCAACGUCCAGCACACAAAUGUAGAGGCUAUGAAAGACAGAUUUUAACUUUUUGAUAAAAUUUCACAUGAAUAUUUGAAAGGUUUUAUAUAGCAAGAAGUAUAUUGACAAAAGUAUUUUAGAAAUUGUAGCUUAGUGUAAAAAAAUUAAUUAAGAGAAGUGAAACUUAAAGGAAUGCUCAAGGAGAAGAUUUAAAAUUUCCAAAAAAUUUCUAUUAUGAAAUCCACAGCAGGGUGCAUAGAUUUCUUAAUAAUGGAAAUACUGGAAAUGAAACUUCAAUUGAUCAUUCAUGAGCGGCAAGAAAUUAUCAUGCAGAUGGAAAGUAUUUUAAAUUAUAUUAAAUUAUUGUUAAGGUUUUUUUGGUUGUUUGUGAGCAUUUUGAAAAUAAAAUUUUUGGAGAUACAACUAAUUGAGCAGUGGAGAAAUUAAGUGUAAACAUUGUUCUGUUAUGCGUGCAAUAAUGCUACAAACAUUGCAAUUAAGGGUAGCUGAUUGGUUGACAAUGGGUCAUUGAUAAGUCGGCCAUAUAUAGUAUUUCAACAUCACUAUAUAAGUAAAUUAGCUUGUUGAACUCAUUUUGUUUCAACACAUUUAGACUAUAUAUUAAUAAAUUUUAUAACAUAGCUAGUAAA